AAGCCAGCUAUCAUCACUCAUCAUCGGAAAAUUAAAAAUAAAAAAUAAAAAAAAUUCCAAAUGUUUCACCUCCUGAGUUCUGACACUAAUAACUGCCACUUCCUCUCUUGAGUCUUCGCAGCCUUGGAUCAGACAGCAAAGCCAGCUCUCCCUCAUUCUCUAUUUUUUAAAACUUAUAAAACAAAUCAUAAAUUGAGUACAGUCUUGGAAACCUCAAAGCAUAAACAAAUGGUAUUUUCAGUUUGAGCUGCUCUCUGAAGAUUUCUAAAGAUGAGAGGCCCCUCCCUCAGUCCCAAAGAGCCUCGUCACCGCGUUUCUGCUUCCGCUGAAGACACAAGCAGAAGAGGGUUCCAAAGAAAUAAGGUUUUUAAAGAUGUAGAGAAGGCCCUCCAUGUUCCCAUUAAAUACAGGAAUUGGAAUUUCAAGAUAUCUACCUUGAAAGCUGUGCUGGUUAUAAUUCUGUUGGGAACUCUCUUCACACUCUUCCGCUCCCCUGCAGUUUAUGUUUCAGAUCGCCCAUCCAAUUUUGUAUCUCGGCCUAGUUUUGUAGACAGAUGGAUAAGAGACAGUGCUGCUGCAGAUCCGCGCUAUAUAUCAAUGUUGGAUGUAAAUUGGGACCAAAUCUCGAGUGUUAUUGAGAAUCUGACUGACAGGGAUGAAUAUCAGGGAAUUGGCUUGUUGAACUUCAAUAAUAGUGAAACUGAUCAAUGGAAGCAGCUGUUACCAGAUGCUGAGCAUGUUGUUCUACAAUUGGACUCUGUGGCAGUCAAUGUAACUUGGGAAUCCCUAUACCCUGAAUGGAUAGAUGAAGAAGAAGAAUUUGAGGUUCCCAAUUGUCCUUCUCUACCCAGUCUUCAGAUUCCUGGCAAACCACGGAUUGAUCUUAUUGCUGUCAAGCUUCCUUGCAACAAGUCAGGAAAGUGGUCAAGGGAUGUUGCACGUCUACACUUUCAGCUAGCGGCUGCAAGGCUUGCUGCAUCUGCUAAGGGGUUUCACCCAGUGCAUGUGCUUUUUGUGACUGACUGCUUCCCUAUCCCAAAUCUUUUUACUUGCAAGGACCUUGUUGCAUGCGAAGGGAAUGUUUGGCUGUAUACUCCCAACCUGCACAGGUUAAGAGAAAAGAUUCGACUGCCAGUAGGGUCAUGUGAGCUUUCAGUUCCUCUCCAGGCUAAAGAGUAUUUCCAUUCAGAGAGAGCACACCGUGAAGCAUAUGCAACAAUCCUACACUCUGCUCAUGUAUAUGUUUGUGGGGCCAUUACUGCUGCGCAGAGCAUCCGCAUGUCAGGUUCAACAAGGGACCUUGUGAUACUUCUUGAUGACUCAAUCAGUGAUUAUCAUAGAGGUGGCUUGGAGGCCGCUGGGUGGAAAAUUUAUACAAUCCAAAGAAUCAGGAAUCCAAAAGCUGAACCAGAAGCAUAUAAUGAAUGGAAUUACAGCAAGUUCCGUCUUUGGCAGUUGACUGAUUAUGACAAGAUCAUUUUCAUUGAUGCCGACCUUCUUAUACUUAGGAAUAUUGAUUUCUUAUUUGAGAUGCCUGAGAUAUCUGCUAUAGGAAAUAAUGCUACUCUCUUCAACUCAGGUGUGAUGGUUGUUGAGCCAUCAAAUUGUACAUUCCAGCUACUAAUGGAUCACAUCAAUGAGAUUGAAUCCUACAAUGGUGGGGACCAGGGGUAUCUGAAUGAAAUCUUCACUUGGUGGCAUCGGAUUCCAAAACACAUGAACUUCUUGAAGCACUUCUGGGAAGGUGAUGAGGAGGAGAAGAAAGAGAUGAAGACUCGCCUUUUUGGAGCCAAUCCUCCAAUUCUUUAUGUGCUCCAUUAUCUGGGCAACAAACCAUGGCUAUGCUUCCGGGACUAUGAUUGCAACUGGAAUGUGGACAUUCUGCAGGAGUUUGCCAGUGAUGUUGCUCACAAAACAUGGUGGAAGGUACACGACGCCAUGCCAGAAAAUUUACAGAAGUACUGUUUACUUAGGUCCAAGCAGAAGGCACAACUAGAGUGGGAUAGGAGGCAAGCUGAGAAAGAUUACACGGAUGGUCAUUGGAAAAUCAAGAUAAAAGACAAGCGUUUAAAGACAUGCUUUGAAGAAUUCUGCUUCUGGGAAAGUAUGCUGUGGCAUUGGGGUGAAAAGAAUUGGACAGAUAAUGCAACUGCUACCCCAUCACCCCCUGCCACCAAGAAGGCAUCUCUCUCUUCGCUAUGAUCUUCUUCUUCUUCUUUUCAACAUAUUUUCUGUGCAGAUCACAUAGUCAACAACUGAAAAAACAAAGCAUACAUUGAGUUCCAUCCAAUGGUUUUUGGAAAAUAUAUGUCAGUUUUGAACUUGUUUCAAUAUUCAAUAACUUUUGUCAAAUGCAUAGCUAUUUCAUUACUUUUGUAUG